UCUGAGGAAGCAUUUUUGAGCACACACAGAGAGAGAUAUGGAGGCCAAAGCAUUUUUGGGCAGUAGAGGAGUGCUGCCGUUGGUGUAUACUUCUCCACAGAGACCCAAAUCCAUGGCUGCCCGGACACCGAUCCGCGCAGCGAACAAAACCGUUAGCUCCAAAAAGAAUUCGACUCAGGUGAAGCUACUAACAAGGGUGGAGCAACUCAAGCUGCUGACCAAGGCCGAGAAAGCUGGUCUGCUAUCGGCGGCAGAGAAGUCCGGACUCUCACUGUCGGCAAUAGAGAAGCUCGGUCUGCUGUCAAAGGCUGAAGAAUUUGGAGUCCUAUCGGCGGCCACUGACCCUGGAACUCCGGGGGCAUUGCUGACUCUGAGCUUGGGACUACUGCUUUUGGGUCCAUUGUCUGUUUUUCUUGUGCCUGAGGAUUACCCUUGGGAGGUUGUUGUACAGGCUGUGGUUGCCGCUGUUUCUGUGGUGGGUGGUUCUGCGGCUUUUGGUGCAUCAAAUUUUGUAUCCAACUUGCAGAAAUCAAAUUGAAAUUCGAUGACCUAGGUCUCGCUUUGCGAUUUCUUGCUCA